AUGUACUCCGCUCUUGCAUUUGCGUUUGCCGCGCUGGCUGCUGCCACUCCAGCUCCACAAAAAGGCAGCAGUCCAGAAGAUCCUCUUCGUGUCACCGCGACAGCACUGGAGGCUGGCAGUCAAGGCGAUGGACAGAGCAUCAAUGCCGACCUUGGAAGUUUCUACAUUGGCGGCAGGCCCACGGGUACACUUUCACCACCAGCCGGCGAUACAAAUGAGUACGCCACGAAGAAUACCAUCUUCACGUAUGUCAACUCCCAAGGUGGACUGGGUCUCUCGGUCGCGGUUCCUGGCGGGCAGCAAGUGUAUGUCGACAGCGGUGACGAGGCCAAUGGAUAUCUCGCUGGUGGUCUGAAGUACACUGAAGCCGAGACAAACAAGACUCUUGGUGGCGUGCCUCUGUUUGAAGGCUUCGUCAACUACUACGAUGGAAUUAUGAAGUUCGAAGGCCAAGACUGGAUUGCUUGCCCGGUGGACUUCAAGGGACAAGUGCUUGCUGUCUGGGCCGCUUCACGCAUCUCACCAAACAAGGACCGCAAUGGUUGUGUGGACUUUCAAUUCAAGAUUCAUGAGCCUGUCGAUGGGCCUCAGCUGGCUUGGGCGUACAAGUUCAAUCCUGGGCCGUAG